AUGUCGCUACGCGACCACUUCCUCAACCCCGUCUGGGUCAAUGGCGUUCAGAAGCUAAGGCCGUCCCACAACGUGUCACCGCCGAAGCCCGCCCGAGGCCUUGUACCGACCGCUCUCGACGAGUCACUGCACGCCGUUCGGUGUAUGAACCAGCUCCGCUCAAAGACAAAGUCGGUCCAGGAAAUCACACCACUGAUCUAUACCCCGACUGUUGGCGAUGCAUGCCUCCAGUUCUCACAUAUAUACCGUAGGCCUGAGGGCUUGGUGAUAAUCUCGUACAAAGACAAGGGCAACAUCUUGAAGGUGCUUCGCAACUGGCCCCGCAUCGAUGAGGGGCGCAUAGCCGUCGUCACAGACGGCUCGCGUAUUCUCGGUCUGGGUGACCUGGGGCUGAACGGCAUGCCCAUUUCCAUCGGCAAACUCUCCCUCUACGUUGCGGGUGCCGGCAUCCGCCCAUCAUCCACCAUCCCCAUCUGCCUCGACCUUGGGACGAAUAAUCAGAAGUUCCUCGAGGACCCGUUCUACCUGGGCCUGCGCCAGCCGCGGGUGCCGUCCGUGGAUAUGACCGCAUUCAUGGACGAGUUCAUGGAUGCGAUGCGCACCGUGUUCCCCAAACUGCUCAUCCAGUUCGAAGACUUCAGCACGGACAACGCGUUCUUGUACUUGUCGCGCUAUCGCAAUCGGUACCCGCUCUUCAACGAUGACAUCCAGGGCACAGGCGCAGUCGUCCUGAGCGGCUUCCUGAAUGCCGCGAAGCUCAGCGCGCAGGCCAGCGGGCGGCCCCUCGAGGACCAGAGGAUCCUGUUCUUCGGUGCAGGCAGUGCCGGUGUUGGUGUUGCGACGCAGUUGAUGGCGUUCUUCCGACUGCAGGGCAUGAGCGAGGAGGAGGCGCGGCAGAGGAUCUGGCUCGUAGAUAGCCAGGGUCUCAUCUUCGACACGCGCGGACCCAUGGCCGAGCACAAGAAGCUGUUCUCGCGACCGGACUACAACGGGCCCCCGAUGACGGACCUGACCGAGAUCGUGAAGUACGUGAAGCCGACCGCGCUGCUCGGCCUCUCCACCAUCAAGAACGCCUUCAGCCAGUCCGUCGUCGAGACCAUGUCCGCGAUCAACCCGCGCCCCAUCAUCUUCCCGCUCUCCAACCCCGUCAUCUUCGCGAGCGGGUCGCCGUUCCCGGAGGAGGAGCACGCCGGGCGGAUGCUCUACCCCGGCCAGGGCAACAACAUGUACAUCUUCCCUGGGCUGGGGCUGGGUGCGAUCCUCGCGCGCGCGUCGAAGGUCACGGACAGCAUGGUCGAGGCGUCCUCGCUCGGCCUCGCGGACUCGCUCACGGCGGAGGAGAAGGCGCUGGAUAUGAUCUACCCGCGUGUGGAGCGUAUCCGGGAGAUCAGUGAGCAGAUCGCGACGAAGGUGAUCAGGGCGGCCCAGCGCGCUGGUGUAGACCAGAAUACGGAGAUCAAGGAUUUGUGGGAUGACCAGCUGGGGAAUGGGUGA